AAACAGAACUGUCCACAUACAAAUGUGGGAUUAUUGCGUGCUUUCCGUGUUCAGGAACAUAUACAGUUACAAUGGCAGGUAGGCUAAAGCCGCCAUUAAUCGCAAACUUGCAGCGCUACAGUCCUGCCAAUGGGAAGCAAACAGCUACAGCGGCAGGUUGAGGGGGUAGAGAGUGUUAGGCCCCUCCUUCUUUACCCAAACAGUGGGGAGAGAAGGAGGAGCCAGGCUGCGCCAUUACCGUCCAGGGGGAGGAGGCGGAAAAAGUGGGAGGGGAUUGGGCCAGCGACAGAGAAAAAUAAUAAUAAAAUACAAUUUUCCACCUCAGACAGGGUGAGAGAAAUAAUAAGUAGUAUAAAAUAAUAAAGGUCUGCGAGAGCGCUGGGACAGGAAGGAGCGCUAAGUGGCCUGCGCCAUCACCGGGACAAGAAGUAAGAGGUCGCCUGGUAAGCAGCAAUGGCGAAGGGGGGUGGCGAAGAGGAGGUUCCCGGGGAGGAGGCCGCUGAUCAGACCGAGGAGGAAAUGGCGAGUGAAGGAGGAAAAGCCAGUGAAUCUGAGAAUAAAAAAAAAGGCAAAGGAUCUGGUUCACAGGACUCACAGCCUUCUCCUCUGGCCUUGCUAGCAGCAACUUGCAGUAAAAUAGGGACAACUGGGGAAAAUCAAGGUGCGGGGCAGCAGCAGAUCAUUAUAGAUCCUAGCCAAGGUCUGGUUCAGCUUCAAAACCAACCCCAGCAGUUAGAACUGGUGACUACUCAGUUGGCUGGCAGUGCCUGGCAGAUUGUUGCAGCAGCUCCUCCUGUUUCAAAAGAGAACAACAUAGCUCAGCAAGGAGUUGCCAUUACUGCUAGCACAGCAGCCUCGUCUACUGGUAACAGUGAACAUGCAUCUCCCACAAAGAGCAAACCUAGCAAUGCAGCCGCUGCCCCAGGGCAGUUCCAAGUCAUCCAAGUACAAACACCUGGUGGUAAUGUACAAUAUCAGGUAAUUCCUCAAAUUCAGACAGUGGAUGGGCAACAUAUACAGAUUAGCCCUGGAAAUGCCACUGCACUUCAAGAUUUACAAGGUCAAAUACAGUUUAUUCCUGCUGGAAACAAUCAAGCUAUUAUUACUGCUGGAAACAGAACGGCAUCUGGAAAUAUAAUUGCACAGAACUUAGCCAAUCAGACUGUUCCAGUGCAGAUUCGUCCAGGCGUUUCUAUACCAUUUCAGCUGCAAACUAUCCCUGGUGCUCCAGCUCAAGUAGUGACAACCUUGCCCAUAAACAUCGGAGGAGUGACUCUUGCUCUUCCUGUGAUAAACAGUAUGUCUGCUGGAGGAGGUUCAGCACAGAUUGUUCAACCUACUGAUGGAGGAAUUUCCAAUGGGAAUCAGCUGGUGUCCACACCCAUCACAACUUCCUCUAUCAGUACCAUGCCAGAAUCCCCCUCCUCUUCUUCUUCCUCAACCUGCACUACCACAGUGUCAACAACUUUGACUAGCAGUGAUACUCUUGUCAGCUCUGCUGAAACAAGCCAAUAUACAAGCACAUCAGCAAGUGCUGAACGUACCACAGAAGAAUCCCCAUCCUCUAUUACAGAUGGGGAAGCCCAGAGCAGCAAUCAGCUCCCUUCAAAUGGAUUACAGACUGUGUCCGAACAGUCAAACACAUUGCAGCAGGUGCAGAUUGUGGGUCAGCCAGUUUUACAGCAGAUCCAGAUCCAGCAGCCUCAGCAACAGAUCAUACAAGCCAUACCACAGCAGUCUUUCCAACUUCAAUCAGGACAGACAAUCCAGACACUUCAGCAACAGCAGCUACAAAAUGUUCAGCUUCAGGCUUUAAGUCCAACUCAGCUGCUGAUAAGGGCGCCAACAUUAACCCCAUCUGGGCAGAUAAGUUGGCAGACUGUUCAGGUUCAAAAUAUUCAAAGUCUUCAGAAUAUACAAGUCCAAAACAGUGGACUACCACAACAGUUAACAUUGACCCCAGUUUCUACAAGCAGUGGCACAACAAUAGCACAGAUUGCACCAGUUACAGUGGCUGGUACACCUAUUACUCUUAAUGCUGCUCACUUUACAUCAGUACCUAAUCUACAGACUGUAAGUUUAGCAAACCUUGGUACUGCAGGCGUUCAAAUGCAAGGAGUUCCAGUAACCAUUACAAGUGUUGGAGGGCAGCAACAAGGAACUGAAGGAGUAAAAGUGCAACAAGCUACUAUAGCUCCCUUAACUGUAGCAGUGGGGGGCAUUGCAAAUGCAACGAUUGGCGCAGUCAGUCCAGACCAGUUAACACAAGUGCAACUUCAGCAAUCCCAAGCAUCUUCAGAUCAAGAAGUGCAGACUGGAAAGCGAUUAAGAAGAGUCGCAUGUUCUUGUCCUAAUUGUAGAGAAGGAGAAGGGAGAGGGAACAGUGAACCUGGUAAAAAGAAGCAACACAUCUGUCAUAUUGAGGGUUGUGGCAAGGUCUAUGGGAAGACCUCUCAUCUCCGAGCUCAUCUUCGUUGGCACACUGGGGAAAGACCUUUUGUUUGCAACUGGAUAUUCUGUGGCAAAAGGUUUACAAGAAGUGAUGAGUUACAAAGGCACAGAAGGACUCACACAGGUGAGAAAAGAUUUGAAUGCCCUGAAUGCUCAAAGAGAUUUAUGAGGAGUGACCACCUUUCAAAACAUGUAAAAACCCAUCAGAAUAAGAAGGGAGGUGGGACCGCACUGGCAAUUGUCACUUCUGGAGAUCUGGACUCCUCGGUCACUGGUGUUCUAGGUUCACCAAGAAUCGUAACUGUUGCAGCUAUAUCCCAAGAUUCAAAUCCAGCAACUCCAAAUGUUUCAACGAACAUUGACGAAUUCUGAAAGAUUCCAACAGAGACUGAGUCUGCUGUAAGAUGUUCUUCUGAGUGGAUUCCUAGGUAGAAAUCAUGUUCCAACCUUUUUUUUGUUUUUUUGUAUUCCAAAAUCAGGUUAACAUGAAGAUUUAAAAAGCUGUGAAUUAUAUACCCCAUUCCCGGUCAUGGGCAAUAUACAUAAAAUGUAUACAAUGAA